AUGACGAUUACUCUUAAAAAGCCUAACACGACAUUUAACGGGGAUUCUAGCGCUCCAGCGCCUGACGUUCCUAGCAUUGUACGCGGUGUCAUCCAGGAUAUUCGUCAGAAUGGAGACAAGGCUGUACGUGCAUAUUCUGAGAAAUUCGACAAAUGGAGCCCUCGAAGCUUCAAGCUCUCCCAGACCGAGAUCGACCAGAUCAUGAGCAAAGUACCAAAACAGGUUCUGGACGAUAUAAACACUGUCCAGCACAAUGUCCGCACUUUUGCUCUGGAGCAGCGCAAGUCAAUAACCGACUUUGAGUAUGAAGUUCGCCCCGGGGUCCAUCUAGGUCAGAAGAAUAUUCCUAUCAGUGCGGUUGGAGCCUAUAUCCCUGGUGGUCGUUAUCCCCUUCUUGCCUCGGCCCAUAUGACGAUCGUCACAGCAAAAGCAGCUGGUGUCAAGCGGGUUAUUGCUUGUACACCUCCUAUCCAAGGAGAGAUUCCCCCUUCCACUGUCGCCGCGAUGCAUAUGGCCGGGGCGGAUGAUAUUUACAUCCUUGGUGGCGUCCAGGCUAUUACAGCAAUGUCCGUCGGCACGGAGACCAUCGAAAAGGUCGACUUUAUCGCGGGACCGGGAAACGCCUUUGUUGCAGAAGCCAAGCGCCAGCUAUUUGGCGAAAUUGGCAUUGAUCUUCCCGCUGGCCCAACUGAGGUUUUGAUCGUGGCUGAUCAAGCAGCAGAUCCAGUCCUUGUUGCUACCGAUCUCCUCUCCCAGGCUGAGCAUGGCCCGGACACCCCGGCGGUGCUAAUCACCAACUCACGACCGCUGGCCGAGAAGACCAUAGUAGAAGUCCAGAGACUGUUGAAGAUACUGCCUACAGCGGGUAUUGCUUCCGUAUCCUGGGAUCGCUUCGGUGAAGUCCACGUCGUGGAGAGCCUAGACGAAGCUUAUCGUUUGGCCGAUCAAUAUGCAAGUGAGCAUGUACAGAUUUUGACCGUGAACCCCCGAGAAGCACUAGAUAAGAUGAGCAACUAUGGGGCUCUCUUCCUCGGCGAUAAAACAUGUGUCUCAUAUGGAGACAAGUGUAUCGGCACCAAUCAUGUUUUGCCGACCAAAGGAGCCGCAAGAUUUACAGGCGGGCUUUGGGUAGGCAAAUACCUCAAGACUGUCACUUAUCAAGAAGUGACUUCCGCAAAGGAGAGUGGUGAAUUGGGUCUUUUAUGUGGCCGUGCAGCCCGUGCAGAGAAUUUCGAAGGCCAUGCACGCUCCGGUGAUAUUAGAGCCCGUAACUUCCUACAAAGGUCUUUCGAUUGGCUGAAGGAAACAUCUAAGAUUUAA